CAGCCUUCGAAGGACAUCGGCGCACAGCGCACCGGAAUCCGCCUUACGCGUGCCGACGCGCGGCAGCACUCCAUCACAAGCGCACCAACACACAACAGGGCAGCCACCAUGGCCACCUUCGGCUCCAAGAGCCAGCACAUGCAAACAAACACCGAGAAAUUUGUGUGGGGCGCCGCGUCGCGCACGGACGCCCUCGGCUCCAACCAAUUGUGGGGCUGGUCGCCGGCCAAAGAUUUAUUAGAUCCAGUACCCGAGACGACGGGUGACAUCUCUAUACUGUUAGCAUCACCAGGAGACCUCCGCUCGGUACUGCGGACUAUCUCGGGGAGACGUAGUGCUGAGAGAAAGAUGGGUCCCAUCACGCUAUAUGUCUAUGAACGGACGCCCGAGCAAUUAGCGCGACAUCUACUACUGUUGAGGAUCGCCUUCGACUGGGAGCUGCCGCUACGGCAGCGCUGCGCCGCGUGGCUCGAGGUCUACGGCAACGCCCUCGUGCAGGGCCGCACGGAACAGUAUGUAGGUAGAUUAGCGGACGAGUUGGUCGACUUCGUGGGCGGCGAUGAUGAAAACCCGUUGGCCGAUGUGGUAGACCUAUCUUCCUUAAAAUACAAGGAGCGGGACCUGCUGUCGGCGGCCUUUGUGUCGUGGAAGCCCACGCAGCCCUUUGACAUCAACGAUUUGUGGGAGCGGAGGUUGAGGCACCAGCUCGGGAACAGAUACGAUGCGAAAGGGGGGGUAUUUGACUGGGAUUACCGAUAUGGCUUGAUCGCUGGGAAAGGAGACGCUGAUCUAGUCCAUCUCAAACAGUAUAAGCGAUGGCGCGAGACGGGCGUGGCCUUCGAGUUCGGGGACUGUACGUACGACGCGCCGAACCGAACUCUAGGUUCAUAUGUCGAAGGUUUAUUGAAACAAGGCGUCAACCGAGGUUUGAGGCGAGAGGUCAAGGGCUUCUGGGGCGACAUGAGCGUCGGGCCGUAUUGUGGGUUGGGGAUUGAUGUUCGUAAUAGAAGUGAAAAUGCGGGUCUCUUUGAGAUCCAUGAUAGGGGCCACGCGACGGAGCGACGACGUCAUAACGCGACGGAGAUCGCCAUGUUCAAUCUACUGGCUGACUUGUACGCGACGGAGAAGGGCGAACAGUACGUAUUGGAUAGAAAGAAUGAUGUGUUCUCGGGCCUCGGGUCGUACCUGAGGAAAGACAGGGAUGCGUUGGAACAGGCCGAGAACAUCGUCGAGUCCUUGGAUGGGAUCUCUAUAAUACCAUUAUGUGGUAACUUGGAGAAGGAGCUUCAUAAAGUGCCUCUGCUCGAUGUGGUGGAUCUGUCGGUCAUGAGUGUCGACAAGAUCAAGCUGCUGCAGGGGAAACUGAAGCCGGGUGCUAGGAUAUAUGCCGAGACGGGCCAGUUCCUCGUGCCGCUCAAAAAAGAGGAGAAGGCGACCUUUGUGGACAGAGUGAAGGAGCUGGCCGCGGGGUUCACGCCGGCCAAGUGUGAGGUUGCCGCGACAUUAGCAUUCACUAACUAGACUUCUUACUAGGCUUCUUCUUGGCGGGCUUCGGCUCGGGCGGGUCGUCGGGGUUGUCGCCCGGCUUUCGCAGCAGCGACGCGGCGAAGUCGUCCUCGAGGACGUCCUCGCCGCCGCGGCCGACCUCCUCCACACUUACUCUCUUGAGUUUGCCACCCUCGAAAACUAAUCUUUCAACCUUGUCCCGCUGCUCUUCAAUAUCAUAGCUCCGCCACGCGCCGCCGUCCCACGUCUUCUCGAAGCGGUACUCUAUCGUCGCAUCGCCGAGCUGCCACGGCUCCUCGACCAUCUCAUGCUUUAGGUUCGGGCGCUCCUUGAAAAAAUCCUCGAGGCCCGGCUUGAUCUUGUCGCCCGUCAAUCCAUAAAUCUCGGCCUUCGGGGCGAGGUCUUUCACUAUCGAAGCGAUUUCGCCUUUGUUGCGUUUCUGCAUGAAAUCGGCGGCGAGCUUUUUUAGCGCGUUGUAGGACUCGACGCCCGGCUCCUUUGCCUCCGCGUCGGCGUUCGCUUUUACCCGCCGCCGCCGCGCGAGCCCGCGCUGCACCGCGCGCUGCGGGAUGCAGCGCUGCAGCGCCCUCGCUGCGUGCAGCAUGAGUAGCGUUGCUGCGGUGCGUCGCAUCGAUGGCGUCGCGGUGGAGUCGCUGCACUUGCUUGCCUGAAGUGCAGUGGCAAAAUGGGCGCACGGCUGCACGCGCAAUUCGAAAAGCGGCGCCUAGCGCAGCAACGCAACAAACUGAACGGCUCUCGCUGGUAUGGGUGCACCGUUACUUGCUUGUUGUCUCGUGCGACGCGCAAAAGCCGCUGCUUG